UCAAUAGAUCCACCGCCAAUCUUAGGUGUAGGUCAGGAACCCAAUGUUGGAGUUUUCAUUGACGAGCAUAAAAGAAGAGCUGAUGGUGACCUCAAUGCACCACCAUUUGAUGAUUUGCGCAAUUACGCUUAUGAAGGAGGUGGCAGUACAGCAGGCUCUCUGAGUUCGCUUGCUUCAGGAACGGACGAUGGCACACACGAAUACGACUACCUGGGCGCAUGGGGCCCUAGAUUUGAUAAACUGNAGAUGUUGUAA